CUCGUGCGGCCCUGUACGUAGCGCCAUCUUCGUAGUAGAAUUUCCCGCAGGUACCGCUGGUCCACCAUUGAUAAAACCUGUCAGUGAAUCAGCUGAUCAGUUAUUCACGUACGCUAGAUCAGCUGUGCGCAAUCAUGGACGCGUUGAAUGAAGAAGAUUUUGUAAUACCUCCCGUUAAAUACGAAUAUUUGGAUCACACCGCCGAUGUGCAAUUACACGCAUGGGGUGAUAAUAUGGAGGAAGCUUUUGAACAAUGUGCAGUGGCCAUGUUCGGGUACAUGACGGAUUUAGAGCGGGUUCAGAUAACGCAGGUGCAAGAAGUGGAGGCCGAAGGACACGACAUGGAGAGCCUGCUCUUUCAUUUCCUUGAUGAAUUAUUGUUCAUGUUCAGCGCUGAACCGUUUAUCGUUGCUAAGAAAGUGAAGAUCACUAAUUUCGACCGCGAGAACUUCAAGAUCACCGCAAGAGCGUUAGGAGAAGAAUUCACGAUAGGCAAACAUUCGCAGAACGCCGAAGUAAAAGCGAUCACGUACUCGGCCAUGCAGAUCCACGAACCUCCAAAAACGGAACGUCCGGAAAUUUUCGUGAUCGUUGACAUAUAGUCAGUUUUGGGCCCCGUUCGUUUGAUUCCUUGACGCGCCCUUGAGAAUGGCUUUAAGUUAACGAAAGUGGGGACGAACGCAUACAGGAGCAAGAAGGGAAGGUACACCUCCCUUACGCCCUACUGGGGUACGAUCUUUUUGUAGUUCGAAUGCGUAGGGUUCAAAUAAGUACGUUACGAAGAAAACACCGGGCUCCCUUCUUGGCGACCUGACUCAGACUCGUGUCAACGACUCGUGGAACCCUCACACUUGUAGGAUGAUUUAUUUUCGUAGUACAAAGACUUGCUUAAACGUUACAUCAUGUUUUAUUGGAAAAACGUAACUGGUUUAUUGACAAUACAUUUAUAAACAAAAGCAGAUAUAGUUUGUUUACAAAAAUGGCACAAAAUAAUGUUCUAAAAGUUGUGAAAAAUUAUUAAGUAAAAAGCUUUUAAAAUGUUUUAUAUUUUUAGCAAAACGUUACUGUAAUUCAAUUAAUUUACUGUAAUUACUGUAAUUGAAAUUAACUUAUCAGGUCAAGUAAACUUUUCUUGGCUAAAUUCAGAUGUAUAUACAUAUUGUUAGAUUUUUGUCUGCAGUCAGUUUACUAUGAAAAAGUCACCCUAUUAUACAAAUGCUUAACCACCUGUAAAUAUCAAGAUUUUUUAAAUAUUAUCUGUAAAUAUUUCCAGAUUUUGUUAGAACUACAGUACUUCACAAAUGUAAAAAUUAAACAUGUAUUUUUGUAUGCAUAUAAUAAAAAUCCCAUGGCACAUUA